CCUGGGGAUAGAUAGAUCAUUGCAGAGCCAGCCAUAGUAGAUCCCAUAAAGCAUCAAAAAACGAGCAUCAAUUGACGAACCAAACCAGUUGGAUCUUCAAUACUCUGAGAAUGGAUUAAUUAAAAUUUAUAAUUGAGAAAUGAAGUUGAUUUAAUUGUGCGACAGUGAUGGUGAUGUGCGGGGUAACCAAACAAUUUCACUUGUCAAACAUUGUUGGUGGGCAAUCUUCGGAUGAGCACAACAGUAGUAUAUUCUCUUAUCUGGACAGAGUGAUUAUUUGAAAACUGAUAGGGAGUGGAACCAUAUUAGUUCGUUUCGAUCAGGUGUGGACGCUAAUCUUAGUUUGUCUGGAACAGCUGUUAAACGACUCCCUGGAGAACUGUGUACUUCGACAGAGAAUGCUUCUUUUGGCUGUGGUACUGGCGUUGUUUUCUGUGGAUCUCGUUCAAAGUUCGGACACAGUGAAUCGAUCCGAUCAUCUAAAACUAUGGUUCGAUCCACAAGAGUACACUACUACCUUGAGAGAAGGAGUGAUCUUAAAGCUUUGGAUUAGCGGGACAGCAACCUCGGAUGUAGCAUUUCGAUUCAGUACCGUGAGCGGUAGCUUAGUUGGUAUUUACCCAGAAACGGUCAGGAUCUAUGCGGAUGAAAUUUUUUUCAACAAUUCGACCACCCUAGAAGCGGCCGGGUCCCGCCCCGGUAGUUUCUUUGUGAAGGCCAGUGUAGAACCGGACAACAUUGUUGACAUUCGGCGAUUGUUCGUGCGGCUGAAAAUCGCAAUUAGUCAGCCAUUGAUCUACAUUUCCUUACUGAUCGGUUGGGCGUAUGCGAUUUGUUGGUCCGUUGGUGAUUAUCCUCAGAUUAUCUUAAACCACCGGAAAAAGAGUGUGAUCGGGUUGAGCUUCGAUUUUCUCUACAUGAAUGUUGUCGGUAACUUGUGCUAUGCAACUUUCAACGCAUUCAUGUACUGGAACGGUUACGUUGAGCAAGAGUAUUUUAACCGUCACCCUUUCGGACUGAAUCCAGUGAUCGGAAACGAUGUUGGAUAUGCCAUGCAUGCUCUCUUCGCUACUGGUGUUACGCUACUACAAUGCUACCUGUUCGACAACGGAGGAAACUCGAUAUCCAGUGCGGCGAAAGCCAUAAUCCUCACCUACGUCGGUACAAUUCUCGUUUCAGCCGUAUCUGUAUCCUUUGGAUUGUUCCAUUGGCUGGACUUUUUGUACGUACUGAGCUACAUCAAACUGUCGACUAACUUGAUAAAGUAUUUCCCGCAAGUUUAUAUCAACUACAAGAGACAAAGUACGGAGGGUUUCGCGAUAAUGAAUCGUCUGCUGGACUUGGCCGGCGGGCUGCUAUCGAUCGUGCAGAUGGUGAUCAAUGCGUGGAAUUUCGACGAUUGGCCAUCAAUUUUUGGAAGCCCAGUGAAGUUCGCUUUAGGAUUUGUUUCUAUCUUUUUUGAUUUGGUGUUCAUCAUACAGCAUUUUUAUCUGUACAAAAAACCCGUGGAAAUUCCAAUAUCAAAGAGUGAAAUCAUUAAAAUGAACUUGCCAUCUAACAUUUAGAUGUAGCGGUCUAAUGAAAUAUUACUUGUACUUAAUAUCAAAUAGUUGAAUAAAAAACAGCAAC